UAAUACAAUGAAACCAUCUAAACCGGUAUACUAUACACAUUUUAGAAAUUAGAAAAUUCAUAACCGUCUCCGUCUCCGUCUCCGUCUCUGUCCGUCUCUCUCUCUGUUUCUCUGUGUCAUAUGAAAAAUGAGACCUUAAGUCGUAUAUGUUUUACUAAAACAUUACGGGUAUCUCCAUAAUUCGUUGAAAAAACGGCAGUGGUGGUGUUGAACUGAAAUGUUAACGGUAGAAGAGGUGUGGAAUUGCAGGGGUGCGCGGAAGGUUUGAUGGUGAUUUAAAAAGCACAAAUCAACUGGGUUUUGUAACGGAGGAAAAAGUGACGGAGUACCAGUGAGUGACGAAAUGGCUGCAACCUUUCUCAAAAGAAAAUUUUUGCAAUAUUCAUUUUGUAAAGUUUCGUCACUGCAAGUCCGACUUUGUCCGGCAUCUUACAAUUUCUGUACAAGUUCAAGGAAGAAUGCAAAGUUUUACAAUGAUGUUGAUGAGGCUGUGAAAGACAUACCCAGUGGCGCCAAGUUGCUGGUUGGAGGUUUUGGUUUGUGUGGAAUUCCAGAGAAUCUGAUAGCUGGUCUGAUUAAGUCUGAAGUGAAAGAUCUAACGAUUGUAAGCAACAAUGCAGGUGUGGACAACUUCGGCAUUGGUCUGCUGCUUAAACAGAAACAGGUCAAACGAAUGAUUUCAUCCUACGUUGGAGAAAAUGCGGAAUUUGAACGACAGUAUCUGGCAGGCGAACUGGAAGUUGAAUUAACACCACAGGGAACUUUGGCAGAGAGAAUUCGAGCUGGUGGUGCCGGUGUCCCAGCAUUCUUCACUCCGACAGGGUUUGGUACUCUGAUUCACAAGGGUGGAGCACCAAUCAAGUACAGUCCAGAUGGCAACAUCGCCUUAGCCAGUGAGGCCCGGGAGAGUCGUAAUUUUGAUGGACAUGACUACAUAAUGGAAAGAUCCAUUACAGGAGACUUUGCAUUGAUCAAAGCUUGGAAAGCUGACAAAGCCGGCAAUCUGACCUUCAGACAGACGGCAAGGAAUUUCAACCCGCCCAUGUGUAAAGCUGCAAGCAUCACUAUUGUGGAAGUUGAGGAGAUAGUUGAGAUUGGGGAGAUACCUGGAGAGGAUGUCCAUGUUCCACAUAUUUUUGUGCAUCGUGUUGUUAAGGGACCGAAAUUUGAGAAAAGAAUCGAGAAGUUAACACUUACCCAAGAGAAACAUGAGCGCCCGCCACAAGAUGCCGCUGCGAAGGUUCGUGAGAUGAUCAUCAAACGAGCUGCGCUGGAGUUGAAGGAUGGAAUGUAUGUAAAUCUUGGUAUUGGUAUGCCCAUGUUGACCAGCAACUAUAUCCAACCAGGGAUUAAUGUGACACUUCAGAGUGAAAAUGGAAUUCUUGGAUUGGGUCCAUUUCCACGACCUGGGCAUGAAGAUGCUGAUCUGAUCAAUGCAGGUAAACAAACCGUGACAGCUGUUCCCGGGGGAUCUUUCUUUUCUAGCGACGAAUCAUUCCUUAUGAUAAGAGGGGGCCACAUGCAUCUCUCCAUUCUAGGUGCUAUGCAGGUGUCUCAGUAUGGAGAUCUCGCCAACUACAUGAUUCCCGGUAAGAUGGUGAAGGGGAUGGGAGGAGCGAUGGAUCUGGUAUCCAGUUACAAGACGAAGGUGAUCAUCACCAUGGAACACACAGCAAAGGGAGGUAAACACAAAAUUCUGCCAAGCUGUACUCUCCCCUUGACUGGGAUUCACUGUGUGGACAUGAUCAUCACAGAAAUGGCUGUGUUUGAGUGUCACCAUGAGAAAGGUCUCACAUUGAUAGAAAUUGCAGAUGGGGUUCCUGUUGAGGACGUUGUUGAAGUCACUGGCUGUGCGUUUGAAGUGUCACCAGAUUUGAAGCCAAUGCAACAAGUGGAUAUGUGAAGUCACUCUGGUACUUGACAGCUAACGCUAACCUUGGUGAUCUGCUACUAAUAACUGUGUUAGUGUUUCACAGCAUAAUAAGAGAAUGUAUACUUACUUGAAUGUGAAUAAUGUUUUAAAAGAUUUUAAUAGCCUGUUGAUACUAAUGUGUUAGUACUGUCCAGUUGUUAGAGAAACAUACUGUUCAUAUAUGGACAUAAAAAUUCUUAAACCAAUACUGUGUUAAUACUAGUACUUCACAGUAUGUCGUAGAAGAAUUUGAUGAUACAUGUAUCUACCUUUACAAGAAUGAUCUAAAACUAUUACUGUUCAGCAGUAUUUUGUUGUCCAUCUUUAUGACUUAACUGGAAGCAAUCAGAAUAUUCUAGCAUUCAUGCAAAGAUCUGACUAUUAUUCUGUUAUUACAUACUGUGAAGUACCAACACAGUAAUGGUUCUAUUGGCACUAUUGGUUGUAAAAUGAAUGAAUGAAUGAAUGUUUUAUGACACUCCAGUGUAUUUUUGUGCUGGGUGUCAUUAAACCAUUCAUUCGUUCGUUCGUUUGUUGAUUAAUUUUACAACCAAUACUGUAUAGAUAGUGUUAUUACUAUGUUGAUGCUUCACAGUAUGUAAUAACAGAAUCUGAUGGUACCGACCUGUAUAUAAAUAAUCUAAAAACAUUACUAUUCAGUAUUAUUAUCCAUAUGGUUCAACAUAACUGAGUUAAUAAUAAUCAUACAAAGCACACGUGUAAUAACAAGUGUAAUGACGUAAUUUUGGGAAGCGACGUCAUAACAUGACGUUCCUUCUCCAGUC